AUUUUAACAAUUUAUGUAAUACAUUAACAAGUUACUUUUAAUGAAAUAAUUUUGAAUUAAUUAAAUAUUUUGUAUUAUGAAAGAAUAUUUGAUAAGAUUUUGUUUGUAUUUUUUAUAAAAUAAACUAAAUAAAUGCAAAAUUUAAUUUUAAAUCAAAUCCAGAAAUUAAAAUUCUUUUUUUAAUGGCACAUUUUACAGUCGACAACUUAGGUUAAGUAAAUGAUUUCCUUGCAACAACAAAUUAUUUGAAUGGAGAUCUUCCAGGAGCUGAUGAUGUCAGAAUCUUUAAUGGUUUGAAAGGUGUUCCACCUAAGGAUUAAUUCCCAGAAGUUUAUUUCUGGUUUUUACUCCUUAACUCUUUCACUCCAGCUGUUAGAGCAUAAUGGGGUCCAGUUGCUGCACCAAAAGAAGCUCCAAAGAAAGAAGCACCAAAAGCAGAAGCUCCAAAAGCAGAAGCACCAAAAGCAGAAGCACCAAAAGCAGAAGCUCCAAAAAAAGAUGGAGAUGAUGUUGAUCUCUUUGGUGAUGAUGAUGUUGAUCCUGAAGCUGAAAAGAAAGCUAAAGAAUUAGCUGAAAAAAAGAAAUAAGAAGCCUUAGCCAAAAAAAAUAAACCCAAACCAGUUGCUAAGACUAUUGUGAUCUUUGAAGUUAAAAUCUAUGAAGCCACUGAUUAAUAAUUGUUAGAAGCAACAGCCAAAAAAAUCAAAGAAACUAUCAAUCCAGAUGGUUUAGUUUGGGGAAAGGAAGUUAAAUAUGAAGAAAUUGCAUAUGGAGCUAAGAAGAUUGUCAUGUCAAUGAUCAUUGAAGAUGAUAAGGUAAUAUUUCAUCAAAUCUUUAGAUCCUUACAGAUGAUGUAUUUGAUCAAAUCACAGCAUGGGAAGAUGAUGUUUCCAGUGUCGACAUUGUAUCAAUGUAAAAGGUUUGAUAAAUAUAAUCAAUCAAGUACAUAAAAAUAUUA